AUGUUCCAGCGCAAGGAGGCGGCCGAAACAGCAGGAUAUAUGUACAUGAAUGGGGACGUAGGAAAAAUUUCAAUUGGGACACAUUAUAGUCCCUCCGAACCACUGACUGUUUCUACUGCCACGAACACUUCUUACAGUUCCAUAAAUGGAAGUUAUGAAGUGCCGGCAUCGGAUAGCAGAAGUGGUACAGUAAUUUUAACUGGAAAAAAUAGCACAAUGGUUAACGCUGAGACUUCUACUGAAAAUAUGCCUUCGCAAUCAGUAGAACAACUCAAACAACUUUUAUCAAAUCAGUUGGAAUAUUAUUUUUCAAGAGAAAAUUUGGCAAAUGAUGCAUACUUAUUGUCACAAAUGGAUAAUGACCAAUAUGUUCCAAUAUGGACAGUUGCCAAUUUUAAUCAAGUAAAAAAAUUGACUAAAGACAUUAAGUUGAUCACUGAAGUAUUGAGAGAGUCGCCAAAUGUACAAGUUGAUGAUGAAGGAUUAAAAGUCCGCCCAAAUCACAAACGUUGUAUUGUUAUCUUGCGGGAAAUUCCCCAAACUACUCCAAUUGAAGACAUUAAGGGAUUAUUUGCUGGUGAAUCAUGUCCUAAAAUGAUAUCAUGCGAGUUUGCUCAUAAUAAUUCAUGGUAUAUCACUUUUGAAAAUGAUGAAGAUGCACAAAGAGCAUUUUUGUAUCUUCGUGAAGAGGUCAAAGAAUUUCAGGGUCGACCUAUAAUGGCACGUAUCAAAGCAAAGCCAAUGAAUCGCAUGGCUGCACCAAUAUCACCCGUUCCGGUUAUAAAAACAGUUAAUGGUUUUCGAACUCCGCCAAUGCAAGCUCAACCUAUCAAUCCAUAUAUAGAUCAAGGGGUCACACAAUCUGGACCUCCCGCUCCUCCCCCACAACAUCCUCAAGCUGCCAGAUUAUUUUAUACAAAUGGAGGGCCAGCUCAAUAUGCUCCAGUCAAUUAUGCUGCUGCUAAUCUGCAAGUAUAUUUACAGCAGCAGCAACAGUCUCCAUAUUAUCCUACAAAUAUGAUUCAACAUUGGGCUCAUCCUGCAACAGGUGCCUAUUACACUACUGAUCUUAGUGGCAUAUUUUCUGUGAAUGGAUUGGCUCCCCAAGGAAAUUUUACUAAACCUCAGAAUUCAAGAUAUAAUGUUUCACGUGCUCCUGGUCGAACCAAUGGAAAAAUGCGUCAUAAUUCUGUUGGUGGUAGUGAAUAUUACCGAAGUUCAGCUUCAGAUAGUGGUUUACCAUCACGUCCUGGUAGUUACACAUCAAAUGGAAGUCUCACUAAGUCAUCUAGUAGUAGUGGAUCAUUGCAUAUUUCCAAUGCAACCAGAAACUAUGUUGACAAUCAAGAUUCAACUGUAGUUGAUAGACAGUCUAGUGGAACAAUCAACAUCCCAAAAGAUCCUACAACAUUGCCACCAAGAUAUAGGCGAAGGAAGAAAGAUGAUGAAGUAGGACCAGAAGUUGUAACCACAAGUACUAUACCUCAACCACCAACUGGUAGUUUUGAUUUGGCUGCUGACGCUUUCCCUCCGUUACCACCUCAAGUUGUGUCCAUACCACACCAGUCACCAACUUCAUUGCCCCAUGACCAGUUGUCACCUCGUAUUAACAUUGAUCCUAGUAGGAUUACUGUAAUUUCAACCUCGAGUAUUUCAACAGUUCUGUCUGAACCCUCUGUAUCCAAGACUGAUGAUGAUAUAGACCAAACUGUUAAGUCAGAGAGUCUACCAAAUGGUUUAUAUACAGUGCCUCCUGUUGGGUUUGUACCUGUGACUGAAAUCGUUGAUGACGUAUCAAAUAUGUCUUUGAGCUCUGUUAAUUUGCUCCCAAAGGUUCAGGAUAUUGUUACAACUUCGAAUUCUAUAAUAAAUCCUACAGAUAAGACUGUAAUGCCAGCGAAAUCUGACAUGCCACCUACUAUGCCUAAAGCCAAUGGUACAUCUCUUAAUACUAAACCAACUGUACCAAAUCAUAAGGCUGCUUUGCCAUCACAAUGUGCUUGUGUCAUACCACAACCACCUGCUACAUUUUCUGCAGAUAUGGCUAACAACAAUCCUGUUCUUAUCGGGAAUGGUUCUCCAAAUAUUGGUCAUAAACUAAGUUAUGCACAAGUAGCACAGCAUCACAAAGAAAGGAAUGAGAGCCACAUUCCUACCAUUAUAACAUUUGGGCAAUCUCCUAUUGUAGAAGAAGAAAAAAAAGAUGAAACCAUACCUGUUGUGAUACCCCAAUCUAAACAAUCAAAUCUUACAGCAGAGGUUCCUCUGACAAAUCGGUCUGGUAAAGGACACAGAACAGCAAAUAGUGAACGGGGAACAAUACCCAGGAAAGGAUCAUCAAAAUUCAAUCGUACUAAGUCUCCUAAGUAA